GAUGAGUGGAUAUUUCAUCCAAGUCAAGUCAAAACCGCUCAGGCACUCAUUAUUCAUAUACAAACACAAGGUCUGAGAAGACAGCCAGAUGGUGUGACAGAGUGAAAAAGAAAAGAAGAAACAGAGAGGGCUCUCUGGGAAGGGGCCAGGUCGUUGGGGUUUAUCAGCAUAUGAAGGAGGGAGCAGAGAGGGUGAUGAGGAAAGAUAGUGGGCGGUCAACUGUGACGUUGACGGAAGGAGAGAUAGAGAAAAGGAGGAUUCUGACGAAAGGAAGAGAGAGCGCAGAUGUGAGCGGGACCCUGAUGGAGAAGGAAUUCUGAUGUUAGAAAGCUUUUGAAAAGAGCAAGAUGGAUCAAAACUCAUCAGUCCUGCAGGUAACUCUCCAGAUUUCACAAGACCAGCCUGCAUCUGAAGAACCGAAGUCAUUGGUCAGGAGACUGUGGUUUAAGCUCUUAUUGGUCCUUUUUGUCUCCUCCCUCAUCGGCACAGUGAUAGGGCUGGGGUGCUAUUCCCAUUGGAAGACCAAUCAAGCCCCUAUUCCCUGUCUCUCUCCAGCAUGUCUGAGAGUAGCAGAACGUUUCUCUGCUGUCAUGGAUCCUUUUUCUCGACCUUGCGAUUACUUCCUAUUUACCUGUGGAGCAGAGACCACGACCCUCAGCAGAGGGAGGCAGCGGGGAAAGGUCUUCUCCCACAACGUCACCACAGGACAGGACAGAAGGAGGUGGACAGGCAAAGGAGGAAGAGGGGGAGGAAUAGACAGAGAAUCAGAAACUAAAAGCGAGGGAGAUGAAACGCCUGAGAGGAUACCAGACAGACACACAGCUUUGCUCCAGACAAUAAAGGAGAUCUUGGAGUCUCCUGUGAGCGGUGUUACCAUGAACAGUGCGAAGGAGAAAGCACAGAGGUUCUAUAACAGCUGCAUAGACUCUAAAACUGCAGAGAGUGGAAACUCAGAACGCUUCCUCACACUCAUUCAGCAGCUCGGAGGCUGGGCUGUGUCUGGGAGAUGGACUCGGCCUAACUUUAACUCCACUCUGGCUCUGCUAAUGGCACAGUACAACACCUUCCCUUUCUUCAAUGUGUAUGUGGGUUCUGACCAAAGGGAGGGUCGGACCAAUGAAAGCGCACGUUUCAUUCAGAUUGAUCAACCAGAUUUUCCAUUUCCCAUCGACUGGAACAGUAAUGCGAAAAGAUCAAUAAUUAACCCAAAGUCUUUGCGUCCAUUCUUGUUGUCCUGUAGGCAGCUCUUGGCUCUGUUGGAUGUUCCUUCCACUCAAAUUACUCCACACUGUGGCCAGUAUGUGUCUCUGUGUUCAACUCUAGUUAUAGCUACAUCUCCUCUUCCCUACCGACUCAGCCAAAAACUCCUGUACCAUAGAAUCACCAUCCAAGAGUUACAACUGCUGGCCCCCGCUAUUGACUGGCUCUACUGUCUUCAGGCCAUCUUUCAUCCUCUUCCUAUCAGUCAAUCAGAUUUUGUUUUACUGCAUAAUCUCCCAUACAUCAAGUAUCUGUCCCAGACAAUCAGCAUUUGGAAACGUAACAUUGAAAUGAAGGCCAGUGAUCCCUUUCAUACAUACAUGCUCCUGACUCUUCUGCAAACAGUGAUCCCUGCCCUGGACUCCAGAUUCACCCAGAUCAUGAAAAACUUCUCUAUAGCUAGUGACUGCAGAGAAGAGGAUGUCCCUCACUGGAGACACUGUGUUCUUCAGACAACGAAAGGCUUUGACACAUUGCUCAGUCAUGUGAUAAAGGAACAUUACGGCAAUGAAGAGGCUGAGGAGCUGGUUCAGGAUAUUUACUCUACCUUCAAGACCAAAGUAGCAAACCUGAGCUGGAGGGAUGAAGAAACACAACAUUUUGUUUUGAAUAAGGUUAAAUCUCUCACUCCAAGACUCUCCAUUAACACAGAGGUCCUCGAUCCGCUGACCCUCAACGAGUGCUAUGCAGAGGUGAAUAUGAAUGAGAAGGACUAUUUCUCCAAUUACCUACAGCUGCUUGUUCUUCAGCAAAGGAGGAUGAGCAGAAUAUUCUCUCACACUGCUCAGAAUGAUGUGUUGUACAUGAGUCCAUUUCUCUUGGGUAACGACAUCAUCUUCCCAGUUGGACUGUUUGUGUCUCCUCUGUUCCAUUCCUCCUAUCCAAGAGCCAUCAACUACGGAAUUUUGGGAUCCUUGAUGGCAAAAGACCUUUUCCAUCUGCUACUGCCUGACAUCCUCUCUCAAUCAGACAGCUCAGGACUGGAGAGUGAGUGUGUGUGGUCUUACUAUGUAAAUGGGAGGGCAAGUGCAGGCAUAUCUGGAACACCCUUCCUCUCUCAGUCUCAGCAGCAGGAGGUGUGGGUGCAGUACUCAGCGCUACAGGUAGCACUACAGGCAUACCACAAGAGUUUGCAGAGGCGCUCACCUGAUACCUCUGUGUCUGGACUCUCUCACAUCCAUCUGUUUCUCUCCUCUUUCAUUCAGGCAAGCUGUGGCUCUGAGCCCUACCGUGCAUUUAUGCCUUUUGAACCUUCCUUCCUGGUGACUGUCCUGUGUAGGAACUCUGACCUCUGUCCCAAACCAUUGAUCUGUGAGGUUAAAUCUCAGGGACAGCUUCCUGAGGGGUGUUAAAGCCAAGCCACAGCGCAGCUGUAAAGUGGACUGAACUGCUAUCAGCAACAUUAGAGAGAAUGAAAAAUGCUGCUCAGAAGUCUUUUCACCUUUGGAUGCAUUAAGGAUGCCGCUGUAGACCUUACAUCAAGGCUGUUACAGCAAACCCAGAAAUGAAAAACCCACAAAAAACUGUGGAGCUCACAGCUUUUGGGGUUCUUUACUAUUUUGUAAAAAAUAACAGAACGUUUAGAGCUGCUAAAUGCAUCUCGGAUUUCAGCAUUUUCUACCACAAGGCUUUUAUGAACUUCAUACACUGUAGGCCAAUAUUUUGACCGACUAACGACUGUGUCCUUUACACUCCAGAUGCAAGUGUGGACUGAUUUGACGGAACUUUAUAGGUCUGUGUACCUUUGGUCAUUCGAUUUUCAUUUCAAAAACCAAUAAUGAAAAAUGGGAAAAUUAUCUCGAUUCUCGUUAUUGGUUCUGUUAGUGUCCGUGGAAAAAUCAAUGAAUAGCUUUAUUUUAUAGCUGCACAAACUAAUCAUAAAUGUAAAUACCAAAUAAACAAAAAUUAAAUAAGGGGUCCUAUUCCAUUAAUCCAAAUUUAAAAUUCCCUAUGACUUUAAAUAAACAAGCAUGUGACACGUAUGGUCGCAGAACAGAGACAUGUCAGAUGAAAUGAUCAACGCAAGUCAUGCAGGUAUACAGGCCCUACAGAUUACAAUUGUGAUUUGCUUCUGUGUGUAAAUAACGGUUAAGCUUUAAUUUUCCUUCACAGUCAGCACCAUGAGCACAGUGAGCACCAGAAUAGCCGAACACAGCAUCUCACAGAGAUAGUUUAAAUUAUUGUAAUGAACUAAAGACUGACACACAACGUUGCAGUAUUACUUUUAAUUGUUAUCAUUAUUGGGCAAUGUGACUUUUAUUUCUUAUUUAUUUAUAUUUUUGAGAAGUCACAUUUAACAAAUUUACCCUCAUUAUCUCUAAAUAGCUAAGAUGGGUUGUCCAAUCUUAUCCAUAAAGGGCCAGUAUGGCUGUGAGUCUUCACUCCAACAAAGCAGAAGCUCACAUGACCAGCUGUCUGAAGAAGGACACUAACAAAUUAAGCAAGUGGAAGCAGGUAUUCACCAGGAUAAAUCUACAGCUUAAUGAACUAGGCUAUAAGCACGCGUAGAUUGUUCUGCUUAAACAGAAGUUGGCUAUUUUGAUCAAAAAUGGCAGUAAUUUUAUAAGAUUCAAUUUGGUUGAAAUGGAGAUUUUACAUAGUCAGGAGGAGAUUUAAAACCUGACGAAAUUAUACUUGGUCCCCUUAUCAACAACUCCCUCUUAUCAAAAAACGAAAUGGCAAGAGUAAUCUGUAGUGUACAUAUGCCUGCGUGACGCGCGUGCAUGCAAAAGGGGAGUUAUAUUCUUCAGGGGGGCUGAAAUUUGGCAUUACACCCUUGUUAAAUGGCAGAUGUCCAGUGUGGGACAGGAACUCACAGACAUUUUUAAGGGGCCGGUAGCUCUAACCUAAAAAAAAAAAAAAAGCAUGCAGAUGCUCAGCAUUCUCAUCCUCACUCUCUGGUCUGGAGCUGUGUGGUUGCACU